GAUGCUGAGACAGAGGUUGGAAGACCUGGAGCAUGAGCCAGGCCUCCUGUCUGUGGUGCUCCCAUCCCUGCAGCCAGCCCUCAGCAGCUUCCUGGACUACCUGGUUGCAGAGGCCCAGGCCACCCUGCACCGAGCUACCCAGCCGGCCAGCAGUGACGGUGCCCCAGGCCCACUUGGAAGCAAGUCAGAGCCCAUCACCCAGGACAGCCUGCAUGAAGCCCUUGGAAGGCGGCAUUGUCUUCUCCAGGAGAAGCAGCAGUUGCAGAAAGAAGUAGAAGCUCUCGAAGAGAGGAUGUCUGUGCUGGAGGCCAAAGAUCAGCAGCUGAGGAGGGAGAUAGAGGAACAGGAGAGAGAACUCCAGUGGCAGGGCUGUGGCCUGGCGCCACUGGUGGUCCAGCUGCCCCGGGACCAGCUGCAGGAGGUCAGCGAGGCCCUGAGAGACACGCUGGCCUCUGCCAGCCAGAUUCCCUUCUACAUGGAGCCACCUGAAGCCAUUAGGAGCCUCCAGGAAAGAAUGAAAGCCCUGAACUUGUCACUUAAAGAAAUCACUGCCAAGGUGUGUAUGGGCGAGAGACUCUGCAGCACCCUGAGGAGGAGAGUCAGUGACCUCGAGACCCAGCUACUGGCAUUGCUUGAAGCCAAAAUGCUCGCCAUAUCAGGAAGCCAUUUCUGCACAGCCAAGGACCUCACGGAGGAGAUUCGCACCUUGACCUCAGAGCGAGAAGGGCUGGAGCCCAUCCUGGGCAGGCUGUGGACACUCAGGUCCAGGACUGCAGGAGAGUUGGGAAGCGUGGUAGAAGACCACAGCCGGCUGACACGGGAACUGCAGCUCCAGGAGGCUGUGCACAAAGCAAGUGUGAAGGGAAAUACUGUGAAAUACAUGGAAAUGCUUGAGGAAAAACUACUCAGCUGCAAGUGCCCGCUGCUUGGAAGAGUGUGGGAAGCUGACUUGGAGUCUUGUCGGCUGCUGGUCCAGGGCCUGGAACUCCAGGAGGCAGGGGGCAGCCUGUCUAUUGAAGAUGAGCAGCAGGCGGAUGACACAGGGGUAGCCACCCAGAAAGCCACCCUAGGAGUCCUUCCCAGGCCCUCUUCUGAAGACAGGAGGAAGAGCCCUCUCCAGGUGUCCCAGGGAUGGAAGUUUCCUCUGAUCACCUGUGCGUCCUGUACUGGAGGUGAAGGGAAGCAGAAUUCAGUGGGAUUUUAUCUGCACUUCCUAGUGAAUGACCCAGCCCACCAAGUCUCCUGA